CUCAGCCGCGCAGGAGCCCGGUGCUGAGGAGAAAGCCUGAGGGGACCCGCGCUUCGCAGGACGGCCCGCAGAGCCCAGCCAUCAUGAGAUCACUGGGACCAGGGAAUGGCUGGAAUAUUGUGUGCCUUCCUACACACUGGAGGAAAGGGUAGAGAGCCUGUCUCAAAUCACAUGGACUGAGAGUAAGGGCAGAUGUUGUUCCACCAAGUGAAAGCCACAGAUGUCCACAACACUGGACUAUCUGCCCUUCCCAAGUCACUUCCAUGGAACUUUAUUGGAAUGUGAAAUUCCUAAGGACUCCUUGAAGGCCAUUCUGUUGGAGUUAGAAUGUCACUUUACAUGGAAUUUACUUAAGGAAGACAUCGAUCUGUUUGAUGUGGAAGAUACAAUUGGGCAACAGCUUGAAUUUCUUACCACAAAAUCCAGACUCACUCUUUAUAACCUAUUGGCCUAUGUGAAACACCUAAAGGGCCAAAAUAAAGAUGCCUUAGAGUGCUUGAAACAGGCAGAAGAAAUAAUACAGCGAGAGCACUCAGACAAAGUAGAAGUACGAAGUCUGGUCACCUGGGGAAACUACGCCUGGGUGUAUUAUCACAUGGACCAGCUUAAAGAAGCUCAGAAUUAUAUAGACAAAGUAGGGAACGUCUGUAAGAAAUUGUCCAGUCCUUCUAACUACAAGUUGGAGUGUCCAGAGAUUGACUGUGAGAAAGGGUGGGCACUCUUGAAAUUUGGAGGAAAGUAUUACCAAAAGGCUAAAGCAGCUUUUGAGAAGGCUCUGGAAGCGGAACCAGACAAUCCAGAAUUUAACAUUGGCUAUGCCAUCACGGUGUAUCGGCUGGAUGACUCUGACAGAGAAGGGUCUAUAAAGAGCUUUUCUCUGGGCCCCCUGAGGAAAGCUGUUACCCUGAAUCCAGAUAAUUCCUACAUUAAGGUUUUUCUGGCACUGAAGCUUCAAGAUGUACAUGCAGAAGCUGAAGGGGAAAAGUACAUUGAAGAAAUCCUGGGCCAAAUAGCAUCCCAGCCUUAUGUCCUUCGUUAUGCAGCCAAAUUCUACAGGAGAAAAAAUUCCUGGGACAAAGCUCUUGAACUUUUGAAAAAGGCCUUGGAGGCAACACCAACCUCUUCUUUCCUGCAUCACCAAAUGGGACUUUGCUAUAGGGCACAAAUGAUCCAAAUCAAGAAGGCCACUCGCAACAGACCUAAAGGAAAGGAUAAACUGAAAGUUGACGAGCUGAUUACAUCUGCUAUAUUUCAUUUCAAAUCAGCUGUGGAGCGAGACUCUAUGUUUGCAUUUGCCUACACAGACCUGGCCAACAUGUAUGCUGAGGGAGGCCAGUACAGCAAUGCUGAAGACAUUUUUCAGAAAGCUCUUCGUCUGGAGAACAUAACUGAUGACCACAAACAUCAAAUCCACUACCACUAUGGCCGCUUUCAGGAAUUUCAUCGUAAAUCAGAAAAUACUGCCAUCCACCAUUAUUUAGAAGCCUUAAAGGUCAAAGACAGGUCAUCGCUGCGUACCAAACUGACAAGUGCUCUGAAGAAACUGGCUACCAAGAGGCUUGGUCACAAUGCUUCAGAUGUGCAGAGUUUAAGUGCCCUAGGGUUUGUUUACAAGCUGGAGGGAGAAAAGAGGCAAGCUGCUGAGUACUACGAGAGGGCCCAAAAGAUAGAUCCAGAAAAUGCAGAAUUUCUUACUGCUCUCUGUGAGCUUCGACUUUCCAUUUAAAUACUUACUCUAGGAUAUUAGAUCUAAGCUUCUGUCUCCAUUUUGGGUUCUUAUAUUUUUGUUUAUUGUUUUAAUCCAUUGUUCAUUAUAGAGCUAACUUUUAUUGAAUUUUUUUGGGUACCACGCAUCAUGCUACAUGCUUUAUAUACAUUAUGAUGAAUCUUUUGCUGGUUUUUUAAAUUAAACUAUAGUAAUCCAUUGAGAAACAGCAAAAUUUCAGCUGUUGUAACUUUUAAAAAUCAUAUGGUCAUUGUGACUUUGUAAUCUAUCUCUGCUAUUUAUAAUAAUUUUCUGAUGAAAUUUUGUCAAAUUUUCCACGUUACUUAUGCUGUGAGUAUAAUUCUGCAUAAGCCUUCGAUACCUAAGUCAGGAACACUCUUUCAGGAGUGUAAAAUUAUAUUAGUUAAGCUCUUAACUACGUAGCUUGCAAAAGAUGGAAACUUCUAGUUACAGAUGUUCUGACUUUGAUGCAGAUAUUUAACCAUCAACCUGAUAGUUACCUAAAGAAUGCUUUUUGUUGGAAGAAAAAAACAUAAUAAAAAGCUUGUCAUCCUUGAUGUCUUCAAUAAAAGGAGAAAAAACUAGAACAUGAGAGAAAAAUUUCCUCAAAUGUAGAACUUUAGGGACCCAUGAAAAAUCCAAAGUAUUAUCUCCCAAAAUGUUCAUUAAGUAGCUAGAAGUAGUGAUGAGGGAAAAAAAUGAAUAAUGGAAAAUAAUUAGUCUCAAGUUUUGCUAGUUCUUUUAACUAGAAUAAACAUAAACUGAAUCUGGAUUGAAUUGAUUUUAUUCCUUCCAAUUAAAAUUGCAGUAUUUUAGGUUAAAAUUAUUGAGGUAAGAAGCAGACUAAUUGAGAAAUUGGGAGAAAUUAUAAACCAAUGGGUAAAGCGGAUGCCUCUAACCUACAUCCUUAGAUUACCAAGAUUUCAGUGAUUUAGUUUUGGGUCUGCCCAUAAUUUAUGGCCUUUGGUUAACUGUUUUAAUAUUCCAAAGUUACCUCUGUGAAGUUUUUCCUUUUGUCUGAAGUUUUCAGAUUGGUAUGUUUUCCUAUAGAUCCUCUAGGAAUAGUUAAGCCCUGUUUCCAGUUUUAAUACCCACCUUGAAGGAUCUCUGCUUAAGGGCUUUUAUCCCAGAGGACUUUUUAAAUCGGGAUGUUGCUAGAAGUGGAUUCUUCAAUGUUGUUUCUUUGAUUAUAGACUACACAAUUGUAUUUACCACCACAGUAUUAGUGGAAGAAUGUGCCAUAUGAUUUAAUUCUCCUUUACCUCCAAUGUAGUUCUUAAAACUACUGUGUAUAUGCAUAUUUUUUUUACUUUUUGUUACUGUUUUUUAUUUUUUAAAAUUUCUAUUAUGGUUUUGAUUUUUAUAAAAAUAAUUUCUCAUUGUAAAAUCUCAAACAAUACAGAACUAUAUGAAUUUAAAAGAGUGCUCCCCUCACUGUACCCCAGUUCCAUACACCCUACCAAGGUAAACUGUUGACAGUUUGCUAUGUAUCCUUUCAGAUAUUUUUUUCUAUGCAUAUUCAAACAUAAAUACUGCAGUGUAUCUCAUGAAUUAAAUUUUUAAAUGUUUGUUUUAUUUAUA